AUGAAUGAUGAGAAGGCCGUCCCAGUCGAAUCUAUGAAGAAUUGUAGUCCAGUACCUGAAGCUGUCACUGUUUUGGCUGUUGACGGUGAUUCUGCAUGUCUUACUUUACUAUCAAGAAUGCUUUGUAAGUUGGGGUAUAAAGUUUUGACAGCAAAAAGAGCCUGUGAUGCAUUAUCCAUUGCUCAGAAGAAGGAAAGUGAGCUUCAUCUUGUUCUGACUGAGGUUCACCUGCCGGACAUGGACAAAUAUGAGCUCCUAGAAAGAAUGAGGGCAGUUUCCAAAUUACCAGUUGUUAUUAUGUCUGAUGAUGAUGAUGAGAAUGCCAUGCUAGGUGGGCUGUUCAAAGGGGCAGUAUAUUACAUUGUUAAACCACUCACAAUGGACAGCCUAAAAAACCUAUGGCAAUUUGCAUUCAUCAGCAAUAGAGAUGCAGUCACCACCAACAACAAUAGAGAUGCAGUGAUAGAUCUCACUGCAGAUGACAGCAGUGGUGAGUUCCAACAGGAGUACACAUCAAAUGAGGGUUUGGAGAUUGAAUCGAUUACGAAGAAAGAGAAGCAGAUCAGCCGUCGAAAAUCACUGAAACGGAAAAAUCCAGAAGGGAUGAACAAAGAUAAGGGAGGAGAUAAUUCUGAUUCAACUUGUACCCAAAAGAAGCCAAAGAUGGUUUGGACUAAUGAGCUUCAUAAGAAAUUCGUGCAAGCUGUUACGUUGCUGGGAGUUGAUAGUGCUCAUCCAAAGAAAAUACUUCAGCACAUGAAUGUCCCUGGCCUGUGGAAGGAAAAUGUUUCAAGCCAUUUGCAGAAGUAUCGCCUCUCCUUGAAGCAGGAACAAGAAGAAAUCAUGAUGAGGAAGGCCAGAGAAACUACAGAAUCAAGUUUUCCUACAUCGCCAUUAAACUUUCCAGGAGGUUCUUCAAAUCAGUUUCCGAAGCAAUCACCCUUCACAUCAACAGCAUAUCAACCAGAAAUCAGAAGCCAUUGUCGGAACCCAAGUAGUAACAUGACUAGACCUUCCCCUGGUUCUACUUUUGUAUGUCUUCCUAGUACUCAAUCAAGCAACGAGUCAACUUUUGCAUCAAACCAUUUUUCAUCAAAUUACAAAAAUGGGCAACCAACCCUAAGCAAUCACUUUGGAAAGGUUGCAAGCUAUAUGAACUUCGAUUUCCCAAUAUUGCUGCAUAAUUAUAUACAACAAGAAGAGCAUCAGCAGCAACUUAUUCAACCACGGCUUUUGUUUUCACCACCAUCGCAAAUGCCUUCACCUCUGCCUCCGCCAGAAGAGCAACAAGGAAAUAACAUUUUUGGCAGUGAAAAUCAACUUCAACCACAGGUUCUACUGGCACCACCAUCACUACCACCACCAGCACAGGAGCAAGGUAACCAUGAUGACAUUUUUGGGCUUGGAAAGCAGUUUCAAACAAAUGAUGUGCUACUGUCACCACAAAGGAAAUUGCCUUCACUGGCACCAACACCAGCAACACAGGAGCAGAAGGAAACUGAUAUGUUUGGGAUUGAAAGAGGAGAUAUGGAUGACUUAUUCGACAUUGCAAAAGGCACGACUCAGCAGUUCCAUGAUGUCAAUUUCGAUGAUUUCUGGUGA